AUGCCAGCCACUGCCUGCGUUCAACUCAAGAGGAUCGCCAGAGACUUCUUAGAGGCUCUCGAAGAUCCUAACGACCCUACUAAGGCACGGGCUGUGGCUUCGGCGGAUUUAUCUGUCACGCAUGAAAGCUAUCCCCCUACGGAAGGGCUUGAGCAAUUUCUUUCUGGUUGGGCAAAGGCGAAGCAAUUCAUGCCCAACUUCCGCAUGGAAGUGGUCGAUAUGGUAGCCGAAGUUGAUGCGAGCGGCUCUGGUGGCAAAGUUUGGGUCUUUUCCAAGGUUACAGGCGGAGGAGGAGGCACGGACCGGGAUAGUAUCGACAUGAUAUCUAUCAAUAGCGAAGGCCAGGUGUUGCUAGCUUGGUUAUGA